CUUGAUUGAGCGCGUUCGACCCCGUUUAUUCUCCUUGGUUUAUUUCUGUUCUAUUCUAUUCUUUCUUUCUUUUAUUCCUAUUCCAGUCACUCCUUUUCUCCAUCGAUGCGGUUCUCCCUAUGUCCCUCCUCCGCCUUCUCCUCCGCCACGCGCUGGCCAUCCUCCUCCCGCUGGCCCUGACCAGCACUGUCUAUCUCUAUCUUUACCCCGUCUUCCAUGGCUGCGCAUUCCCUCUGCCAGAGGAAUCUACCUCCUCUCAUCUCUCGAUUCCACACCUCUCUCCAUCCUUCCUCUCCACCCUCCGCCACCACCUCUCUCCCUCGUCUCAUUCAUCUGCGACCUCUCCCAUCUUCCGCCUCCUCGUUCUCGCCGACCCCCAACUAGAAGGCGACACCUCCCUCCCCAAACCCCACGAUCAACUCCCCGCUAAACUCUCCAACUACUACGCCGACCUGUCCUCCACACUCCGCACAAGACCCCCUUCCGCCACCCUAUACACCCUCCGCUCCGUCCUCCGCUCCCUCGUCUCCACCGAUCUCCCCCGCGCAUUUCGCGCCGCGCGCAAACGCCUUGACCUUCUCGGAAAUGACUACUACCUGGCGCAUAUUUACCGCACGAUGCACUGGUGGAGUGCGCCGUCGCAUGUCACCGUGCUGGGAGAUCUAGUGGGGAGCCAAUGGGUGAGUGACGGGGAGUUUGACGAACGUGGUCGGAGAUACUGGGAACGGGUGUUCCGCGGUGGUGUGCGGGUGGAUGAUGAGAUUACCGGGGAGAUGGGGACGGAGCUGCUGGGCACUGAUAAUGGAGAGUGGGCGAAGAGGGUUGUGAACGUCGUGGGGAACCACGAUGUCGGAUAUGCGGGGGAUGCGAGUCCAUCGCGAAUUGAAAGGUUCGAGAGGGUGUUUGGAAGGGGAGAUUGGGAUAUCAAAUUCACCUUACCUUCUUCUGAAGAAGGCAAAGAGGAAGAGGAAACAGUUCCAACAAUUCACCUCAUCAACCUCAACAGUCUCGUCCUAGACACCCCCGCCCUGAGCUCUGAAGUCCAAUCAGCUACAUACGAAUACCUUAACAGCCUACUAGAAGAGCGAAGCCCAUCCGUCUCUUCAUCUCCGCGCGGGAAAACCUUCACUCUCCUCCUAACCCACCUCCCCCUCCACAAGAAAGAAGGAAUCUGCACUGACGCCCCCUUCUUCGCCUUCCACGAUGACGACGACUCCAAGGGCGACGCCGCCGGCAACCCGCGCUUCUACGCCGGCGGCCUCAAAGAACAGAACCACCUAAGCCAGUACGCCAGCGCUAAUGCUGUCCUCGAGGGCAUUUUCGGGAUGAGUGGGGACGACACCGUCCCCGGAAAUGGCUGGGGGAGGAAGGGCCUUAUUCUUACGGGCCACGAUCAUACGGGCUGUGAUGUGGUGCAUUUCGUGAAUCGCACUGUUGCUGAGGUAGAUGGAGAUGACAAGAACGAGGAUGACGGUGACGCACCUGGCUGGGAAUGGGAUGCCCUGCGCUAUCAACACGGCAUCACAAGGGAAGGGGACCUGGGCGUCCCCGCCAUCCGGGAAGUGACUAUGCGCUCCAUGAUGGGAGAAUACGGAGGCUACGCCGGACUCCUGUCGGUGUGGUUCACCGGUACGGAAUGGAAGUACGAGAUCCAGAUGUGCGCCGCAGGCGUGCAGCAUCUUUGGUGGGCGGUGCAUGUCGUCGAUGUGAUUACUUUGGGAUUGGUGGUACUGUAUAUCGGAUCGAGUAUCAUUGGAGCUGGUGCUGGUGUCUCUGCUGGGAAGGAUACCACCAGAGCGGAUAAGAAGAUCAAAAAGCAAUAA